AUGCAGUCCAUGUUUGAGGAGCAGUUCGUCGCACCGACUCUGGAGGAUGCCAUUGCAACCGCCGGGCGCGUGGACAUCCGCGCCUUCGACGAGGAGUCACGCUACUUCUCCUUCGGCCCGGUCUCCUUGCAGGGCGCUGGCCCCAUGGCAGCCCUUGUUCUUCUGGUCUCUCCAAUUUGGCAGCCCUCCGAGCGCCAAGAACCUGCCAAGUUCCGGAUUACAAAUCCGAAUCCCAUUCCGUGUGAUGUGAAGUUCGAGAUUAAGCCAACGACGGCACCAACAGGCAAAGAGGUACCAGUGCUGCCCUUCGAACUCUCCAACCAGGAGCUGCACAUACCGCCGCACGAGUACCGCUAUGUGAAAGUGCGGUUCACGCCACAGGGCCUCCAGCGGUAUGCUGCUAUCUUCGAGGCCACAGUGCCAGAGGGGAAGGACCCAAAGACGAACCAUCUGAAGUUUGAGAUGCGGGGCGAUGGUACUGUGCCAAGCAUCUCCAUGACUGGUCCGACGCUUUUUGGGGAUGAUGGUGGACAGUAUGACUUCGGCAAGCUUCGAAUGGGCAAGAGUCAAAUGGUCGAAUUCACUUUGGCCAACCAGGGCGUCAUUCCGGCUACCGCACGCUGCGACCUGACACCGAAUCCUCACUUCAACGUCAGCUGCGCUCGAAGCAUUCCGCUUGAACCCAAGGCCUCGAAGAAGUUCCAGGUAAGCUUCUGUCCGGCAGAGACAGGUAGCCACCAGACCACGCUGAAGCUUCACACGCUACAUAACUCCUUCGAGGACAUGAAAGUCACCUUCGUUGGCCACGGUUACGUUGAAGAUGUCUGCUGGGAGCUGCCUCCAAGCGACAGCCCGGCCGAGGGCGCGGCGCAAGAUGACUCUGACGUGCUGCGGCUGGGCGAGACCUGCCCCUGA